AUGGCUGAUGAGCAGGAGAUCAUGUGCAAGCUCGAAAGCAUCAAGGAGAUCCGAAAUAAAACACUGCAGAUGGAAAAGAUCAAAGCUCGCUUGAAGGCAGAAUUUGACGCUCUGGAAUCCGAGGAGAGGCACCUGAAGGAGUACAAACAGGAGAUGGAUCUCUUGCUGCAGGAAAAGAUGGCCCAUGUGGAGGAACUGAGACUCAUCCAUGCCGACAUCAACGUUAUGGAGAACACAAUCAAACAGUCCGAGAAUGACCUGAACAAGCUCCUGGAGUCAACACGCCGCCUCCAUGAGGAAUACAAGCCUCUCAAGGAACAUGUGGAUGCUCUCAGGAUGACCCUGGGCUUGCAGAGGUUGCCCGAUUUGUGUGAAGAGGAAGAAAAACUUUCUCUUGAUUACUUUGAAAAGCAGAAAGCCGAAUGGCAGACGGAGCCACAGGAACCUCCAAUCCCAGAAUCCUUGGCUGCAGCGGCAGCAGCUGCACAACAGCUGCAGGUGGCCCGGAAACAGGACACAAGGCAGACAGCCACUUUCAGACAACAACCACCUCCUAUGAAGGCAUGCCUCUCCUGCCACCAACAGAUCCACCGGAAUGCCCCCAUCUGUCCUCUCUGCAAAGCCAAAAGCCGGUCUCGUAAUCCGAAGAAGCCCAAGAGGAAGCAAGACGAAUGA